UGCAGGUGUCUUCAAGUCAGUGGACUGUCACACCUUGUUUCUCCCUGCAACCAGGAGGGAACUGCUGCAGGACUUGUCUCAGGCACGAGAAGAAGACCUAACAGAGGAGUACAGAGAGGAGAGAGACAGUCUCAUCAGCAAACUCAGGAAAGGACUUGUCCCUAAGGAGAAAAAUGAUCAACCCAUCACUGGAGCAGAGCUGGCUUCUCUCUUAGACAUUCUGGUCAACGCUGCUAAUGAAGGAUCACUAGCUCAGAUCCCCAGCCGUUGGAAUGUGUUUAUCGACAAGUUGGAGAGAACAGCAAAGGAAGACUGUCUGCUGUUCUACGAGGGAGAGAUGGCUGUCCUGUACAAGGGGAGGGACAAUGGACCAAUCAUACCGCAGGAACUGGAGGACUGGCACAACCAGAUGUACAACAAGUCCCUGGAUCUGCUGCAGCAUCUGCUGUUUGGCCUGGGAGACUCUGUAGAGGAGUCUUCCCUUGACCUUGGUCGUGAGAUCAGGAACAAGUUCGACAAGACACUGGAGAUCAACGACAAGAAAAUCAAACUGAGAUGUACAGAGUGGCAGAGGAGACUGGAGCUGGAGGCGGAGGAGAAACUGGAGAGUGUCCAGCUGCCGACCCGGUCCAGCGUCCUGGAGGAGGAGUUUGUUGCCGUGGAGACCAGCUGUAUCAGCAGCUUCCAGCAGGCUGUGGGGAGACUGUUGGGCAAGAAGGCUUACAGCAAAUACAUGGAACAGCUCAAGAGCUCACUACAGAACGUCCAUGACAAGUAUGCUCUGAGGAACACCAGGCUGCUGGAAGACUUGUUGGACCAAGCUGUACAAAAUGCCAUAGAUGGUUUCCGUGAGAAGGCAGUGAUACCAGACAAGACACCGCUGUCCCCUGGUGCUGUGGUCAGGCAGGUUGCAGAGGCAACAGUCACAGCCACUAAGAUAUUUUCAGCAGAAGCCAAGGCUGCAGAGGGCGAGAAAAUGUAUGAACCGUACCAGGCUGUACUCCAGACUCGUAUAUCAGAGGAACAGGAAAGGUUUGAGGAAGCCAACAGUGAGCUGGUCAGGCUCUUCUGUCUAUCUAAGGUGCGUGAGCUUGUAGAUGAGUUCAGGACCAGUACUGGUAGUACUGAGAUUAUCUUACCCAUCAACAACACAGAACUGGAAAUGAGGCUAAAACAGAGUUGGCUGAGAGUAGAGGCCCUGUACAAGGAAGCUGAGGAUGACUACUCACUAUUUACAGCUUACAAUGAAGGUCUGAAGACUUUGCAGGAGAGAGUAGAAGAUGUUUGCAAACAGAGGAAGCAGGAAAAUGUGCAGGCGUUUGCAAGAGAGGUAGACGCUCCUCUGAAAACAGCUCGUGACAUUAUCAAGCUGUCUGCAGACAAGUACGACACAGUCUUCAGCGUCACACAGUAUAUCCGACAGGUUUGCUUGCUGCAGUUAAACCAGGGCCAGCCAAAAUACUGGCACCCAGAACUGAAGGCCAGCAUCAUCGAUCACUUCAUCCAAUCAGAGAAGGAUAUACAGAAAAUCAUCCAAUCACGGCAGGGCUGGUGGUCAGCUGUUGUUGGGUUCUUCCAGUGGUUGCUAUGGAUAUUUAGAAUAGAUGUUCUGUAGCUUUACUGUCAACCAAUCAGAGGGGAGCUGUCUUUGAUUAGCCAAUCACAAAGGGGCAGGUGGGCAGUCAUUAUGUGUCUCUUCCACUGGUUGCUAUGGGUAUUUAGAAUACAUAUUAUGUAGCUUUACUGUCAACCAAUCAGAAGAGAGUUACUUUAGGUUAGCCAAUCAGAGAAGGGUUUAUUGUCAGCCAUUCUUAUUCUGUUGCUGGACUGUAAACCAAUCAGAGAAGUUGUUGCAUGUUUUGUUACUAAAAUGUACAUAAGUGGGCACUUUGGUUGUACAUGUACUUUAUUUGUUGCUUUACAAGUUGCAUCUAUAUAAAUCAUUGAAAACAUCUAAAAGCUGUGCAAUCACGGUCUACUUGGUAAAUGUAGUUAUUCUUACUUAUAUACUGACACUGUCUGGCAGCUAUAGAAGAAAGCCUCAGAAGAAUAACAUGUACCAAGGAGGUUAAAAUCAGAUGUAGUUGAGUUUAACCUCCUUGCAUGUAUACCUGCACACAUUUAGAGGCUGAAGUAUGGGACAUUUGCAGGCCAAAAUCGUUCCAGGUUAAAGUGAAGUGAUGCCAUGGGGUAAAUGUUGAAUAACAAAAAUCAUGUCCAAGUUGCACAAACAAGAUUACCUGACUGUUCCUUUAGUUAGUUUAUAAACUUUUCAAGAAACUGUACAUUUGUGCACUUUGUUUUGUUAUAUUACUAGCUAAGCUACAUCCAUUUCAAGUUAUUUUAUAUGACAUACAUAUCUAUGCAUGUGCAUGUACAGAUAAUGUUGCAAAUAGUUAUAUUGUUGCAAGAAUGUAUAUUAGUUAAUAUUCUAAAAUAGAGCUUUGUAAGGGAAACUUUAAUUUUGUUGCAGAUUGCUUGUGCCAUAAAUAUUUUUUCCUGUUGUGCAAUUUAAGAUAAUAAAGACAUUGAUGA